CAGAUUUUCGUUCUAGCUUUUAAUUCCUAAACGAAUUGAGAGAUCUAGAGAGAUAAUGGCCAGCUUGGAGCAGCAACGCGAGGAGGCUGAUGUGACGACCAGGCCACCAUCAUGGGGCAGAGGGAGCAACCGCAUAGUGGCUCUCAACGUGGAAGGACUCAGCCCGCCGACGUCCUUCACCAGUAACAACAGCAGCAAACGCUUCGAUGGUCACGACCAAGAAAACCCAAAUGAUCAGAAACCUGGAUGGAGAAACUUCUUGUCCCAUGUAGGCCCUGGUUUUCUUGUCUCCAUGGCUUAUAUAGAUCCUGGCAAUAUGGAAACCGCUUUGCAAGGCGGAGGUAGCUACGGAUACGAGUUAUUGUGGGUGGUUCUGAUUGGAAUGAUCUAUGUUCUUAUAAUCCAAUCUCUUUCUGCUAAUCUAGGUGUAUGCACAGGCAAACAUCUCGCUGAGGUAUGUAGAAUUGAGUAUCCAAAAUAUGUGAGGUAUUGCCUGUGGCUGCUAGCAGAGGUUGCCGCCAUAGCUACUGAUAUACCCGAAGUAAUUGGAACAGCCUUUGCUUUGAACAUUCUGUUCAAACUCAAAAUAUGGAUUGGAGUCCUCUGCACAGGCUUCAGCACUCUCUUGCUUCUUGGUCUACAAAGAUACGGGGUAAGGAAGCUGGAAGCUUUCAUAGCAAUGCUCAUAUUUAUAAUGGGUGGAUGUUUCUUUGGAGAAAUGAGUUAUGCGAAGCCCCCAACAGAUGCUCUGUUGAAGGGAAUGUUCGUGCCAAAGCUCAGCGGCCAAGGAGCUACGGGCGCUGCCAUUGCGCUCAUGGGUGCCAUUGUUUCGCCGGUCAACCUGUUUCUUCAUUCUGCUCUUGUACUUUCCAGAAAAACACCCAAUUCUAUUCGAGGUGUCAAUGCUGCAUGCCGAUAUUUUCUUAUAGAGACUGGAGUUGCGUUGUUUGUUGCAUUUCUUAUCAACGUGGCAAUGGUAUCUGUAUCUGGCACUAUUUGCUCUGAUCCAAGCCUGUCCCAAGACGACCAGGAUAAAUGCAACAAUCUUACCCUUGAUUCUGCUUCCUUCCUCCUAAAGAAUGUAUUGGGAAAGUCUAGCUCCAUCAUCUAUGCCAUUGCCCUUCUUGCCUCAGGACAAAGCUCCUCAAUCACAGGAACCUAUGCGGGGCAAUUCGCAAUGCAGGGGUUCCUAAAUCUUAAGAUGAAGGGGUGGAAGAGAAACCUGUUGACAAGGAGCAUUGCCAUUGUACCAAGUAUUUUAGCCGCCACCAUUGGUGGAGCUCAAGCAGCAGGCGAAUUGAUCAUCAUUGCUUCGAUGAUAUUGGCCUUUGCACUCCCUUUUAUUCUUAUCCCACUUCUAAAAUUUAGCUACAGUGACAACAAGAUGGGGCCACACAAGAAUUCACUAAUUAUCAUUGCAAUAUCAUGGAUACUAAGCUUCGGAAUCAUUGGCAUCAAUGUGUAUUAUCUGAGCACAGGCUUUGUCCGUUGGUUGAUUCACAACCAUUUACACAUGGUUGGAAAGGUGUUCAUAGGAGUCCUUGUUUUCCCUCUCAUGGCAAUCUACAUCCUUAGUGUCAUCUAUUUGACCUUUCGAAAGGACACCGUAGUUACACAUAUGGAACCUACAAAGCCAGAUCAAAUGGAGAGUGGAACCGACCAAAUAGACCAUGAUACUAUCCCAUACAGAGAGGAUUUGGCUCAGAUUCCACUGCCAGAAUAGCUGCAGGCUCUCGCUCGCUAUACUACACAACCCUUUGCUGCUUUGCAAGAGGUAUUUUCCUUGCAUCUCUAAAAUAGAUAAAAGCUGUUAUAUAUGGAGAAGGAAAUAAUGUAAAUAGAGACCCAGCUAUGUGUGAGUUUAUCUAGUUUUGAUGAUUUAAAGAUAUAUAGUUACAGUUGCACAGAUCACUACGAUAUAUACCUCUAAUCUGUACCAAAUAAAAAUACAAUACCUCU